GGUAUUUUUCACUGUAUCCACAUCAACCUGUUUUCCUUUUUGACAUAUGAAUUAUAUGACUCAAUUCACACAAGAACUCACCUUCCCACUUGAUUCCUUUUCCUUCUUCCAUGUUCAUGCGCUUCGCUAGUGCUUCAAGUAUUAGACCAAGUUGAAUUCUGCAAGGGCUUGGUUAACAUUACACACAAGAUUACCACCCUAUCCUCGACAGUACCCCACCUCCGAUCUCCUUCGCCCGGUUAUUUUGGGAACGACGAGUCUUUGUAGCUCGAACCGCAACAACCCUUGAUCCCUAGCAGAUCCAUCGCGUUCCGUCUGCUGCUGUGAAGGAAUAGAUGCAAAUGAGAAGGAUGAGAUCAAGACGUUUGCGAUGAUGAGAGAUCCUUAACGACGGGAGGAGGCAAGGCGAGAAAGCAACAAAGGAUAGGUCUUUCUUCUGUGCUCGUCAACCCACCGCAAGGAUCACACGGCCCAAUGGUCGCAGGCCAGUUUCUGCGAGCAUCCGAUCCCGGCGCCACUGGUCUUUCGUCUCUACUCUUUGCUUUGGUCCAUCCGUUGUGCUUCGCCUAAGGAGCAAACAGUCGGAGAAGAGAUUGUCUGGGGAAAUGCAUUCGGUUGAGAUCAAUUUGUUGAGGAUGAUGAAUGGUAGACUGUCAUCCUGUAACUGAUCGUGUAUAUGAGGAGUAGCAAGAUGGGAUCUUUAGCGCAUUGCAUCACGAUAUUCUACAGUUUCCAUCACUUGCACAGCUUUCUGACGCUGCUACAUAUACCAAACCUUCAAAAUGCCCAAUUUGAUCCCUGUUCCAGAUUGUGAAUCUUGCCGUUGAAUGGAGGAGGGAAGAAGGAAGAUGAAGCGAACGCCUGCAACCGGCCAAUUCGAGGCAGAGCCCGGAGAGAUGCAAGAAAUCGAGACAGCGGCCCUCGUGUCCAGGAUGAUCCCUCCAUGGUCCAAGCAAAUAACCCUGCGCGGCCUUGCCGCGAGCCUCGCCAUCGGGGUCAUGUACACUGUCAUCGUGAUGAAGCUCAACCUUACCACCGGCCUCGUCCCCACCCUCAACGUCUCCGCCGCCCUCCUCGCCUUUGCCGUCCUCAGGUCUUGGACCAAGCUGCUGCACAAGAUUGGCAUCCUUUCAACUCCCUUCACGCGACAGGAGAACACGGUGGUGCAGACGUGUGCAGUUGCUUGCUACAACGUCGCCGUCGGUGGUGGGAAUGCUCCGAUCUUGCUCAAUCUUCCAUUGUGUGGAUUUGGAUCCUAUCUGUUGGGUCUGAACAAGAAGACUUAUGAGCAAGCAGGGGUGGAUACAGAGGGGAAUGUACCAGGUAGCUACAAGGACCCUGGCAUUGGUUGGAUGACUACAUUUCUUUUUACUGUUAGUUUUGUUGGACUCUUGGCCCUGGUUCCUCUCAGGAAGAUCAUGAUCAUCGAUUACAAGUUAACUUUUCCAAGUGGCACUGCGACCGCCAUCCUUAUCAAUGGUUUCCACACUCCUCAAGGAGACAACGUAGCUAAGAAGCAAGUCCAUGGGUUUGCAAAGUAUUUUGCAGCUAGUUUCCUGUGGAGCACUUUCCAGUGGUUCUGCUCAGGAGGAGAUGGUUGUGGAUUCUCACAGUUCCCAGUCUUUGGUCUGAAAGCUUGGAAACAGACGUUUUUCUUUGAUUUUAGCCUGACAUAUAUUGGAGCUGGCAUGAUUUGUUCCCAUAUUGUGAAUCUUUCUCUCCUUCUUGGAGCAGUGGUUUCAUGGGGAAUAAUGUGGCCACUAAUAAGUGAACUUAGAGGAGAGUGGUACUCUAGUAGCUUACCCGAAAGUAGUAUGAGUGGUUUGCAAGGUUACAAGGUCUUCCUUUCAAUUGCACUAAUUGUUGGAGAUGGACUCUACAAUUUCCUAAAAAUUUUAGUUUUUACUGCCAGAAACAUGCAUGCUAGAGCAACACGCAGAAUGAUAAAAAAUGAGGCAGAUCAGGAUAAUCCAAUCCUUAGUGAUCUCCAACGUAACGAGGUAUAUAUAGAAGAGAGCAUACCAGUGUGGUUAGCCUACUCUGGGUAUGUACUGUUCGCUGUGGUUUCCAUUGUUGUUAUUCCUUUCAUGUUCCCUGAGGUGAAGUGGUACUAUGUGGUCAUAGCUUACAUGCUUGCUCCAGCUCUUGGUUUCUGCAAUGCUUAUGGUGCUGGCCUAACAGACAUGAAUAUGGCUUACAACUACGGAAAAGUGUCUCUCUUUAUAUUGGCAGCUUGGGCUGGGAAAGACUCCGGUGUAGUUGCUGGACUUGUGGGCUGUGGCCUAAUUAAGUCCGUCGUUUCCAUUUCUGCUGAUCUGAUGCACGACUUUAAGACGGGUCAUCUCACUGUGACAUCCCCAAGAUCGAUGCUUCUUAGUCAGGCCAUUGGAACAGCCAUGGGCUGCAUUAUUGCCCCUUUAACCUUCUUUCUCUUCUACAGUAUCUUCGAUGUGGGGAAUCCAAAUGGAAAUUGGAAGGCUCCGUAUGCUCUGAUAUAUAGAAACAUGGCAAUUCUCAGUGUUGAGGGCUUCUCAGCACUCCCUCAUCAUUGCCUGCAGCUUUGUUAUGGUUUCUUUGGAUUUGCAGUGGUCGCCAACAUAAUGAGGGAUACUUUGCCAGCUAAGUACAGUGGUUGGGUUCCCCUGCCAGUGGCCAUGGCAGUGCCAUUUCUUGUUGGAGCUAGCUUCACAAUCGACAUGUGUGUUGGGAGCUUGAUAGUGUUUACCUGGCACAAGUUAAACAGAAAAAAAGCCGCUCUAAUGGUGCCUGCUGUUGCCUCUGGUUUUAUCUGUGGGGACGGGUUGUGGAUGUUGCCUUCAUCGUUGUUAGCCUUGGCUAAGGUCGAUCCUCCUAUCUGCCUGAAAUUUGUGGCCAUAGAAUAGAUAUACAAAAGAAAGAUCAUCUGAUGGAGUUGAAAGAUAUUUCAUGAGAGGAUCUUUUAGUUUGAUGUAUCACAAACUUCAUCAAGUAAAUUAUACAGGAAGAGAAACAAAUACCAGCUUAGUUGCAGAGAGUCUGAGGAUACUCCAUUGAUUUGGUUUUUGGAGGGUGGAAAUCAGCAACACUCUUUGUAAUAGAUGAGAUAUUGCUCUUUAGCCUUUCUCCCAGACAAAGGUACAGAAGAAUGCAUUGGUAAAGAUCUUUCUAUGUUGAAAUUAGAGUUUCGAUUCUCAAGUUAUUAAAACAGUAAACAGGCUUACAGUACACAUCUUUCCAUUCCUUCACAUUGUCAUACUGAUGCAAGCUGUUUAUACUUGGCGCCCGGCGGCUCCGCAACCUUCUUAUCGGAAGUUUCACUUGUGUCUUGGAUCAGACUAAAUAAUGUGGCAAGUUUCAGCAGUACUAAACAUGUACAGCUACACUGUGGAUCUACUAAUUUGAAUCAGGAGACAUCUUGAGUUACUAUCUGCCUGUGCAUUUCCUUUUGCCAAAGCAUGAGCAUGAGGUUGUAGAGAGCGAUCGAUACGGCAGAGAGGCUCCGAGAGCGUUAUGAUCACACGAUGGUUUCAUGUUUUGGAUGCUUUCGCCGAAAGGAAGGAACACAGCCCGAAGUAAUGCCAUCUUGGGAUGCUUUGUUAUGUGUCCAUUAUUUGGUAAGCUUCUCUCACAUGGUGAGGCCAACUCAGGAGGGGACAGCGAGGGAGAAGAACAGUUCGAUGCCAAACCUAAUAAGCUAGCCAUCAUGUGGCCGACGCAUUUGUUCCAUCUCCUCCCACUGGUGGCUUUGCCAUUGACUUGAGCCCCAAAGCAAGAUUUCUCUUUUCCUGUUCCCAUUCAUUGUACAGCAUGUAUUAUGAUCUCAAUGUCGAGACUCGAAAUAAUAUGGCACCCUCUCUCUC